UAUGCUUUCAAUACAACUUCAGUUUAAAACAUCGCACCAUCAGGAGAACAUAUUUACAAUUUACUAAAGAACAAAUUUCGGAAGAUCGGAAGUCCAUAAAGUCGUUUCAUUAAAAUUCUGAUAUCGAUAAAAUCCUGGGGUCAUGUGAGUGACCACCAAAAAAUUGACCAGGAUUUAUUGAGGGUAAAAGAAUCAGCUUGAAUUUUGAGAAAAUUUAUAAAAACGUAAAACAAUCAGUGAAAAGUCUGACAUAUUAGAAGCUAACUUGUACUGGGACUUGAGGACUAGAGAACUAGAGGACUACAGGGUUAGAAGACUACAGGACUAGAGGACUAGAGGACUACAGGACUAGAGGACUACAGGACUAGAGGACCACAGUACUACAGGACUGCAGGACUAGAGGACAAGAUUGAGGACUACAGGACAAAAGAACUAGAGGACUAGAUCAAUAAAUGGCGGGCUGGUUACACAUUGUUCUCACAUCUCUUUGGAUAGUUCAUCUAAAUGCUAAAGGACUGUACAGUGAUCCUAUUCAAACCAGCGAGCAAACCAUUCUCUGGCAGACACCGGAGAAGUCCGAUGUAACCCCGUUAGAAACAAACCCAGAAGUUCGGUAUAUGAAGCCUUUGCCCAAAGGAACAAACGAAAACAAAUCAUUUUUAGACACUGUUCGGAUGCCUGGAACCCAGUGGUGCGGUAAAGGUUGGAGAACAGAUUCAUUUUCUAAACUUGGUGGAUACAGUGCUGCAGAUAGGUGCUGCCGGCAACAUGACCUUGGUUGUCAGAUUAGUAUUCAAGCCGGUCAAACUAAAUAUGGACUUACUAACUAUAGGUUUCAUACGGUGAUGCAUUGUACCUGCGAUGAUAGGUUUAGAUCCUGUUUGAAGAUGACCCACACAAACUCGGGAAACAUUGUAGGAAAUUUGUUCUUUAAUAUUGGAACAAUACCUUGCUUUACAUUUACACAUUCAGAGGUUUGCACGGCUCGAAAUUGGUGGGGAAGCUGCCUUGAAACAAAAACAGUACAGAAAGCAAACUGGAGACGAGCUAUUCCAUACUAAUUGUAUGCACACAAGUUCACUGCAACCUAGACAGAAAGAAAAUUGUAUGUAAAAAUACUCUAACGGCUUUGUGACCUUGUAGCUUCUCUAGUUUGGAUUUUAUGCACAAGUAUUAAAAAGCAAAUUUAUCCGGUUAAAUGUUAAAAAUUCUAAACAUUCUUGUUUUUCUUGAAAGCUCUUCAAUAUCACGAACGUAUAUAAGAUUUUAAUCUAAUAUGAAAUUUACUUUAGCUUAACGUAAGUUACCUCGGCUACUGCUACUCUGUACCAACAUUUACUUGUAUUACUUCGCUAUAAUAUAAUUUAACCUUAAUAAAGAUAGAAAAAAAUUAUUAGAAAAAAAAUUGAUUAAAACUUGCUUUGACCUCCAGCUCAGAAAACAUUAUCUUCAAUAUUGCAUUCAGUAAAAUAUUCAGAAGGUUGUAAUUUAAAACAGCCAAAAUCCUCAUUUCUUUGCAACAUGUCGGAUACCUGUGAUGUUUCAAAAUAUAUUAGAUUUAAACGUAUCGGUAAAGUUACUAGGUUAUCAGAGUGCUUUGUGCACAUCAAUUUCAACUUUUGAUUAUUUUCUCUUCGAUAAAAUAAAAAUAACUUUUUUGCGGA